AUGCCUCCACGACCUUUACGGCCUAAAGAUGACCCUGCAACAUCUGAGGGCAGUGAGACUCCCGGAGAUAGCAAAUUCAGCAAGCGACGGGCAGUAUCUUCAGCCUGUAUCCCUUGCAGGAAGCGGAAAUCAAAGUGCGACGGAGCAGUACCGUCUUGCUCGACAUGCACAGCAGUCUAUCGAACGGAAUGCCAAUAUGAUGCAGACAGCGACCACAGACGGAAAGGCGCACUGAAACGCGACAUACAGUGUCUACAGCAGCAGAACGAUGCGCUCGAUGUCAUAGUAGCGUCGCUUAAGAGUCUACCUGAGAACGAUGCUGUCUCACUGCUGCACCACAUUAGAGCAGAUUCCUCGCUGGAUCUGAUCGCUGCUGCUCUCAGAACCAACGUCCGCCUACCAUCGAGUUAUGCUCCGCAGACCCUCGAGGCCGACUUUGCUCAGCAGAUGUCACAGGCCACACCAACGAGCAUUGGUCCUGCCGAACACAUAUCAGCAUCGCCGCGGAAAUUAUCCAGUGACGAUGGCUACCGAAGCAGCGAGAGUCCAACAACGAACGAGAUACCGACGGGCUGGUUCCAGCAGCCCCAAGAUGCUGAGUUCGUCGAACAUCUGCUCAAUCUAUUCCUUUCCUGGGUACACCCAUUCUACCACUUUUUCUCUCGCGAGCUCUUUCUGCGGGACAUGGGUCAGGGUCGAUCGAGUUAUUGCAGUGCUAUGCUUGUGAACGCAGUCUUGGCUAUGGCAUGUCAUUACUCUGAUCGACCGGGCGCGCGGAGCGAUCCCAACAACUCCAUGACUGCUGGAGACCAAUAUUUUGCGGAAGCCAAGAGGCUAUUAGACCGUGAUGGUAGAUCAUCUCUUACGACAGUCCAAGCUCUUGGAGUGAUGGCUGUACGGGAGUGCUCGCACGGUCGAGAGAGCAGCGGCUACAUGUAUGCUGGUCGGUGUCUGCGGAUGGCGCUCGAGCUCGGUCUGCAUCUGUCGGUCAUCGGCAGCGGGAUGAAGGCGUCGGAAAUGGAGUCUAGAAGGAUAACGUUUUGGGCGGUGUUCAAUCUGGAGACGACAUGUUCUGUUAGCUUUGGUCGACUCUCGCUACUACCUCGCGCAGCUGCUGACAUUCCAAAGCCGGCCAUGAGCGAACGCCUGGAGUCUACCACCUGGCGUCCGUACGUUGAAGAUGGCGUGGCCUUGAGUCCGAGCUCAGAACAGCCAGCCCGGCCAGCCUUGUUCGUUGACUGUCUCAGCAGACUCAGCGAGCUGGCAAGUGACAUGGUCAACACAUUCUAUGCUCCCCAAGAGCGCUUUACCAGCCGGCGAUUAGCUGCUGCUUACAAUCAGUACCAAGAAUGGUAUCAUAACUUGCCAGACGCGUUUCGCCUCGAAAAUACGACUCUGCCGCAUGUGCUAGUCCUCCAUAUGUACUAUCACUCUUGCGUACUGCAACUCUUCCGACCUUACAUCAAGCUUGACCUUAGAGGAGCUGGUCUCUUCCCACGAGAUACUUGCACCUUUCGUGCAAACGAGAUUUCCAGCCUCAUGAAUGCUCUGCGAGCCAUGUACGGCUUGAGACGCGUAUGCCAUCUGGUCUGCAGUUGGAUCAUGUCAGCAAGCACCAUUCAUCUGCUCAACCUACCGCAGGCUUCUGCCGCUGCAAACCUCAGCCAAGGUCUGCACGAUCUUAAAACGAUGUCUGUAAACCAUCUGUUCGCUGCUCGGUGUAUCGAUAUAAUUCGCGCGUUGGCCACGAAAUGGAACAUUGCGCUGCCCGAAGAUGCCGCAGCAGUGUCUAGCUUCCGCCUGAUGCGACAGUGGCCAUCGCCACCUGCAUCAGACUUCUUCGCCACGACCAUCCCACGGAAAGAUUCGAGUGGCAGUGGAGCGAAAUCUGGCGGCUCAAUAUCGAGUCACCAGCCCGAGACUCCAUUCCCACCGCCAUUACAACAACAGCAACAUUCAUCGCUACCACUCCUGCAGACCCAGCAGAACGUACCGACCUUCUACACAGACCCGACUGCUCCAAUGGACGCAGACCAAGCGCAACACGCCUUCUGGACACCCUUCCCAGCACAAGGCCUUCCUAUGUCUUUCAGCGAUAUCAGCAUGGACUUCAACUCACCCACAACCGGCUCCAUCCACGGUAUCUCAUGGCCCGGCUACGGCGGCUCAGCAGGUCCACCGACCACCCAGACCUCAAAUGCAUACGUUGACUCUCUGUUGAGCACAACAACUCCGGGGCAAAAUAUGGGCGAGGCACGCCGGUGGGGCUGGCAGUGA